AUGUCAGUCCUCCCUUCGCCCCCUCCCCCUCUUACUGGAGUGACCCCAGGCUCCUCCUGCUCUGUCUCAGCCCUCACUCCCCUCAUUCUCACUCUGCUCUCCUGCCUCCUUGUCCUGAACCCCUUGGGCAUCUCCCGUGGCCCCUCCACCCGCCCCUCCCUCUGUGAGGAGCAGUCUCUCCAGGAUUUGCAGAAUUUGAAGGAAAGAGAUUUAACUGUGACAGGAGAUGGAGGAACCCCGCUGAGUGAAGGACAGAAAGCCCGGGUCAGCCUCGCCAGAGCCGUGUAUCAGGAUGCAGACAUCUACCUCCUGGACGAUCUGCUCAGCGCAGUGGAUGCAGAAGUCAGCAGGCACUUGUUCGAACAGUGUAUUCGUCAGACCUUGAAGGAGAAAAUCACAAUCUUAGUAACUCAUCAAUUGCAGUACCUAGAAGAAACAAGUCAGAUUCUGAUACUGAAAGAUGGCAAAACAGUGAAAAGGGGAACUUACUCUGAGUUCCUGAAAUCUAGGGUAGAUAUUCUUUCGCUUUUUGACAAGGGGAAUAAGCAGUCUGAACCAUCUCCAGUUCCAGGAACUCCCACUCUGAUCUCUGAGUCUUUGGGUCAGUCUCUACAGUCUCCUAGAACCUCGUUGAAAGAUGCGGCUCCAGAAGACCAAGAUACUGAGAACAUACAGGUUAUACUACCUCUAGAAGACCAAUUGGAAGGAAAAGUGGAGUUUAAGACCUAUGCAAAUUACUUCACAGCUGGUGCUCACUGGUCUGUCAUCAUCUUCCUUAUUCUAGUAAACAUCGCAGCUCAGGUCGCCUACGCCCUGCAGGACUGGUGGCUUUUAAACUGGGCGAAUGUAAAAAGUGGCCUGUAUUUUGGGACAAAUGUAGAAGAAGCCACAGAUGUAAUGUUUGUGCUGAACUGGUUCUUAGCAGUUUAUUCAGGGUUAACUGUAUCUACCAUCCUUUUUGGCAUCACAAGGUCUCUGCUGAUAUUCUACGUCCUUGCUAAUUCUUCACAAACUUUGCACAACAAAAUGUUGGAGAGCAUUUUGAGAGCUCCAGUAUUGUUCUUCAGUAGAAAUCCAAUAGGAAGAAUUUUAAAUCGUUUCUCCAAAGACAUUGGGCAUAUGGAUGACUUGCUGCCCCAGAUAUUUCAAGAUUUCAUCCAGACAUUUCUACUUGUGAUCGGUGUGAUGGGUGUCAUGGUGGCUGUGAUUCCUUGGAUUGCUAUACUUGUGAUUCCCUUUGGCAUGAUUUUGUUUGUUGUCCAGUGGUAUUUCUUAAGGACAUCACGAGAUGUGAAACGCCUGGAAUCUGCAGCACAGAGUCCAGUGUUUUCUCACUUAGCAUCUUCUCUCCAAGGACUCGAGACCAUCCGGGCAUACAAAGCCGAACACAAGUUUCAGAAACUGUUCGAUUCACACCAGGAUUUGCACUCAGAGGCUUGUUUCCUGCUUUUGACGAUGUCCCAACAGUUCGCUGUGUAUCUGGAUGUCAUCUGUGCCAUCUUUGUCACUAUUGUUGCCUUUGCGGCCCUGAUUCUGGCAGAUACUUUGAAUCCUGGGGAGGUUGGCCUGGUCCUGUCUCUAAUCAUCACACUUACGGGGAUGUUCCAGUGGUGUAUCAGGCAAAGCACUGAAGUUGAGAAUAUGAUGAUUUCAGUAGAAAGGGGAAUUGAAUAUACAGACCUUGAGAAAGAAGCACCCUGGGAACUCGAGUAUCGUCCACCACCAUCCUGGCCUCAUGAAGGAAGGAUUUACUUUACUUAUGUUAACGUCAAGUACAGUCUGGAUGGGCCUCUGGUAUUGAAGAACCUGGACACGCUCAUUGACCCAAGAGAAAAGCGUGGCAUUGUGGGAAGAACAGGAGCUGGAAAAAGUUCCCUCAUCACUGCUCUUUUUAGAUUGUUGGAACCUGAAGAACCUGACAUUUGGAUUGAUGGGAUCUGGACCACCAACAUUGGACUUCAUGAUUUAAGGAAGAAAAUGUCAGUUGCAUCUCAGGAACCUGUUUUAUUCACCGGAACAAUGAGGAAAAAUCUGGAUCCUUUUAAUGAACAUACAGAUGAGGAACUAUGGAAUGCCUUAGAAGAGGUGCAACUUAAAGACAACAUUGAACAUCUUCCUGGUAAAAUGAAUGCUGAAUUAGCAGAAUCUGGAUUGAACUUGAGUGUUGGACAGAGACAACUGGUGUGCCUUGCUCGGGCUAUUCUCAAAAAAAAUCAGAUAUUGAUUAUUGACAAAGCCACAUCAAAUGUGGAUCCAAGAACUGAUGAGUUAAUACAGAAAAAAAUUCGUGAGAAAUUUGCUCACUGCACUGUGCUAACCAUCACACACAGGUUGAGCAAUGUCAUCGACUGUCAACGGAUAUCAGUUUUGGAAUCAGGGAGACGGAAAGAAACUGGUCAGCCAAAUGAUUUGCUGCAGAAUAGAAACAGUCUGUUUUAUAAAAUGGUGCAACAACUGGGCAAGGAGGAAGUAGCUGUCCUCACUGAAAGGGCAAAAUAGGACAGGGAGUUGUCAUUAAAGUUUGUCUCCAGGUUCCCUCUUCAUAAGAUCUCUAUCAAGUGUCUAAUAACAAGCACUCUAUGCCCUUAUAAACCUCCAGAGACUAAGCUUCAUGAGUGGGUCUUAACACAUGGGAGGUUAAGAGCAGGUCUGCUGAGAAUCUGCAGCAGUGGUGGGGAUGGGGUCACCAUACAUGAACUCUUCUGUUUGCAUACCUGUGCCUGCGACAGAGAUGUCAGAUUGGACUUUCCACACUUCUGGACUCUGGGUUCAGAUUCUCAUAGAGCACAGAACACUCUCAUUUUGCAGACCCUUUACAUUCAUUCUGAUUGGUGCUCAACAUAUUUGUGAUGCAAGUUCUGUCAAGGAAUAUCCAGGAAAUUUGAGAGUUCGGGGGAUCAUUUUUUGAAAUAUUUUGAUUCUAGGAAGACCUUCCUGGGAACGGUGUAGGUCUUUCUGUUUUCUAAUCUGUAAAGAAAACUUCUACAUGAUACUGCAAGUUUCUCCCUUUUGCCACUCACCACCCCCAGGCUUCCUCUACCUUCUAGAAAAUGAAAUUGUCAUCAGGACAAAUCAAGAACUCAUAAUUCCUUCACACUGUAGUCUGAAUGGUGCUUGAAGGUUUAUAGAGCACUUUCUCAGAGAUGAGGUGUGUGAAGGACUAAGCACUGUGCAUGGUGUGAGGAAGGGGAUCGAUGGGUAACAUUCAGGUCACGUGAUAUCUUCCUAACAAAGGUGAGAUGGUGA